AUGGCACAGAUCCUAAAAAGUAACCAAGACAAAUAUGUCCCGACAUCGACAGUCAAUGGUAAAGAUAGUGUUUUAUUGCGUGUUGCACAGCAUGGUGACCAGUUGUUUGAAGAGAGGGGACGGAAUGUUCAGUGGGCUUUUGGUGAUGGUGCAAACCAGCGUAACAGACUGGAAGGAUUAAGGACAGAAUUUGUGGAUUGGCAUGCGCAAAGUUUACACUUUACAAGGUGAAUAUACUUUGCAUAAUUCAAUAUAUUCAUAUUUUCGUAGCUACUAAAAUAGAGCACCCCUAGCCUGCAUCUGUUAACAAACUGGUUAGGCGGUGUUUAUAUGAGCCCCACAUAAAGGGCUGUGCCCUAGCAGUGGGACCGAUUUUCACCACUGCCUAAGGGCUGACUUCCUAUCGCAAGUUGCACUUAAUGGUUUCGUGCAACUCAUUAUUUUUAUUAUGGCGACCAACAGACAUUUGAAUAUUCGUUUAGAACUACAUUAAAGCUUUAAAAAAUUAGUUUGAAAUCAAUUUAAUGGCAUUUUUACCCAGCCCUACUGGGAAAUUUCCAGCCAUAAUAGGCGAGAUCUCGCCCAGUAGGGCUUCUCGGAGGGCUUGCACACUAUGUAUUAGCACUGCAGUUUAUGUAGGGAUCAUAUACAUGUAAACAGUGCCUUAGAAACCAACUUGCCCCAUCCUAAACAUUCCAGACUAUGUUUUACAGCUUGUCAACUUGUUCAGGAGUAAGCUAACAUAUGGUUUACUUCUAUUGGAAUUCAACGAUGCUGUAAAGGAGGGAGAUGGAGAACGCUUAUCCAAAGUGUAUAAAUUAGCAAUGCUUUUCUAUAAAAUGUAUGGUCAUUUUAAGUAUGCCUAUGCAGUUCGUUUACAUUUGAGCCAGAUAAAAGCUAUAUUGUCAGAGUCAGAGGCAUAUGUGAUUUAAAGUGGAACAGAUUUCACAACAAGUUUGGCGGAAAGGGUAGGAAUAUCCCUCUCGAUUUGAAAAAGGAACAACAAAACAAAGUGUUGAAAACGAUGUGGAAAGGUCUUGGGUCAAACCUGUCAGAACAGAGUGCAUCUCGAGUACCUAAAGCAUUAGAUUCAAUUGAAGAUCCUAUGAGCUCCAUUGACACUGACUGUAGAUUGGAAAAAAGGCAAGGACGAAAUUCUAAGAAAGGUCCUGAAGAAAGCGUCACACAAAUUCUUGGAGACUUGAUGAAAAAACAAGUUUUUCUGCUUACCCCUGGACGAGAAGGUCACAAAUCGUUUCCAAAAUUUGAAGCGAACCUCUUAGAAGGACUAGAUUACAGAGACCUUCACAAAUGGAUGACUGAUCAUCUUUCAUUAUGA